AAAGAAACCUCUCCUACUUGUGUAUGAUAUAUUCGAAGUCACCCGAACCUAGAGAUAAUAAAUAUCCAUUCUCCACAGUUCAAUCAGAGGCGAAGAGAGAAUAUUUUAUCUUGGUGGUUGUAGAAGAAGAAUCUCGAAGAUGAUAGAGGUGGUGCUUAACGAUCGGCUAGGGAAGAAGGUGAGAGUGAAGUGCAACGAGGACGACACCAUCGGAGAUCUUAAGAAGCUUGUGGCAGCCCAAACUGGAACCCGACCCGAUAAGAUUCGGAUCCAAAAAUGGUACAACAUCUACAAGGAUCAUAUCACUCUUAAGGAUUAUGAAAUCCACGAUGGCAUGGGUCUCGAGCUCUACUACAACUAAAUCAUCCGAUCCGGUACGCUAUUUUAUCUCUAUGUAAUGAGACUUGAGAUUUAGGGUGUGAUGCUUUCGGAAUUUGAGUUAAAAGAUUACUUUCUUUAUAAUUUUUAGUUUGUUUGAAAGAAUUAUAAGAUUAAAAUUGAAAUUGUUUC